AUGACAGUAGCAGAGUACUACAUUAGAGCCAAGGUUAUUUGGGAUGAGAUUGAUAGUAUUGUCUCUUUCCCUAUAUGUGUGUGCAAGGGAUGCACCUGCACCUUGACACAAAAGUUCUUAAAAUUGCAGCAGGAUCAAAGACUUAUUGAGUUCCUUAUGAAAUUGCAUGAGAAUUACUCUCAGAUUAGAAACAGUAUUUUGAUGAUGACACCCUUAUCAAACAUCUCACAAGCAUAUAGAAUUCUUGUGGCAGAACAGAAGCAUAAAGAAGUAGGGAAACAAUCUCCAAUCUCUAAUGAAGCCUUAAGCUUUGCAACAGAACGCCACACCAUUGAUAGGUGUUACAAGAUACAUGGAUAUCCUUCAACACACGCAAAACACAGCACCGGCAGAAAGGUUGCAAAUGUUGCACAAACUCAAGAGUCAGAGACCUUGAACACCUUCAAUUCUCCUUUUACUAUAGAACAAUAUUCCUAUUUUAUGAUACUCAAUAAUAAAGAAAAAGAGCAAGAUCAUAUCAAGAAUGAAUUUCUUGAUGAUUUUACCAAUUUAGCUUUGUUAGCAGACAGUGGAGCUACUGAUCACAUUUGUCAGACAGAAAGCAAUUUUCAAAAAUUACCUCCUUGCACCCUAACAUACAUCACAUUACUAUACCUAAUGGAAAAGGGAUUGUUGUUCAUACUAGUUAAAGAUUUACAGUGCUCUGUUGUUUUUAAUGCAUCUGGAUGUUUUUGCCAAGGCCCUUCAAUGAGAAGGCCAUGGGAUCUUGGUGAACUAACAAAAGGGCUCUAUUACUCUACAAGACAAAGUGGCAUUAAAAGAACAGACUUGCUGUCACUAGCUAGUUCUUUCUUGCAAGCUAGCAGUUUUACUUUUGAUUCACCUAGUCUAGAUGCCAUUAAACUUUGGCACCUAAGACUAGGGCAUAUACCUAUUAACAUUCUCAAAUAUGGACCUUAUCAUACCCCAACUACAGGAAAUUGUACUGGCUUUCUCACUAUAGUAGAUGAUUAUAGUAGAAGUACAUGGGGAGAUUGUAUCCAAACUGUUGUGUACAUCAUAAAUAGAGCCCCUUUAUCUAGUAUUGGAUAUGUUUCCCCUUAUGAGAGACUUUUUGGAGAUAAGCCAUCCUAUACUCACAUGAGAGCUUUUGGGUGUUUAUGCUUUGUUAACACCCUAAAGCAAGGAAGAACCAAGUUUGAAGUAAGAGCACGCUGUUGUGUGUUUCUUGGCUAUCCUUUUGGACAAAAGGCAUAUAAAGUUUAUGAUCUCAACACCAAAAGAGUCAUAGUCACUAGGGAUAUUAAGUUCUUUGAAAAGCAUUUCCCCACUUCUGUCUCUUCACCCUCACCCAUUUUCUUUGAUAAGUUCCCACCUACUUGUGACGUUCUUAAAAGUCCCUCUAGACCUCAAAAUCCUCCCUCGCACUUAAAGGAUUACAUUAGAUGCAAGUGGGCUUAUAAGCUUAAGUAUAAGGCAGAUGGAUCCUUAGAGAGGUACAAGGCUAGACUUGUUACCAAGAGAUACACACAGGAGUAUGGGGUGAACUAUGAGGAAACUUUUUCCCCUCUCAUCAAAAUGAAUUAUGUUAGAUGCCUUAUUGCUCUUGCUGCAAGUAGACACUGGGAUUUGUUUCAAUUAGAUGUUAAUAAUGCUUUUUUACAUGGCACUUUUCAUGAGGGAGUUUAUAUGACUGUCCAAGAGGGACUUCCUAAUCCUAAUUCUUUAGUUUACAAACUUCAAAAGUCUUUGUAUGGCUUGAAGCAAGCAUCCAGACAGUGA